UGAGGCCAUCAAUGUUCCCAUGAUCCCACUUGGCCUGAAAGAAACCAAAGAGGUGGACUUCACUCUUCCUAUCCAGGAUUUCAUCUGCGAGCACUACGGAGAGGACAGCGGUCUGUAUGACGGGGAGAUCAAGGAGCUGAUGGAGCUCAGACAGGCGAUGCGCACGCCCAGCAGGAACCAGGCUGGUCUGGAGCUGCUGAUGGAGUACUACAACCAGCUGUACUACCUGGACCAGCGCUUCUUCUCUGCUCACAAGAACCUGGGUGUUCAUUUCCACUGGUACGACUCUCUGACGGGCGUCCCGUCCUCUCAGCGUUCGCUGGCCUUCGAGAAAGGCAGUGUGUUGUUCAACAUCGGAGCUCUGCACACGCAGAUCGGAGCGAGACAGGACCGCUCCGGGACCGCCGGCAUCGACAAAGCCAUAGAGGCUUUUCAGCGAGCUGCAGGUGCGUUUAAUUACCUUAAAGAGAAUUUCUCCAACGCUCCGAGCCUGGACAUGAGCGCGCCGUCGCUCGGCAUGCUGGUCCGACUGAUGGUGGCUCAGGUGCAGGAGUGUGUGUUUGAACGCAUCACGCUCACCUCGCAGGAAACAGACUUCAGCUCCCUGAUCCACCUGGCACAAGAAGCUGCACAGGUGUCGGACGUUUACUCUCUGGUGCAGCAGACGAUGACGCAGCCUCUGAUGAAGGAUUACGUGCCGUUUUCCUGGGCCUCCAUGGUUCAGGUCAAAUCGGAACACUUCCGUGCACUCUCGCACUUCUACGCUGCGGCUGCGCUCUGCGACCACACGUUUUCUGCCGAUGAGGCUGAGUGUGAGGAGGAGGCAGAGAAGACCUUCCUCAGGUUUUAUGUCAACGUUCCUGCAGGACAAACUCCCAAUCAGAUCUUGCAGGAUCCCGAAAAAAGACGAAAGCUUGGUAAAGCCCACCUUCGGCGUGCCGUGAUGAAACACGAGGAGGCCAUUCGCGUCCACAGCCUGUGUAAGAUCCUGAGGAAGAUGGACAUUCUGCAGGACGUGCUGUCCCAAACACACAAGCGCUCUCUAGAGAAAUACCUGGAGCUGGAUCGAGAGGACGACUUCGACGAGACGGCCGAAGCUCCAGAGAUACAAGCUCACACUCAGCAAAAACCAGACGUCACCCCACCAAACUUCUCCUCGGUCCAAGUUACUGACAUCUUCCACAGACUGGGGCCCCUGGUGGUGUUCUGUGCGAGGGCUCGCUGGGGCCCGGUGCGAUCCAUCUGCCUGCAGAGGAGAGAAGCUGGACUGGGUCUGACGCUCCGAGGAGACUCCCCAGUCCUGGUUGCUGGAGUUGUGCCUGGAGGCUGCGCAGAGGUUUGGUUCACCACAAACACCAUCUGUACCGACUGUUUGGUUCACCACAAACACCAUCUGUACCGACUGGUUCACCACGAACACCAUCUGUACCGACUGGUUCACCACGAACACCAUCUGUACCGACUGUUGGGUUCACCACAAACACCAUCUGUACCGACUGUUGGGUUCACCACAAACACAAUCUGUACCGACUGUUGGGUUCACCAAAAACACCAUCUGUACCGACUGUUGGGUUCACCACAAACACCAUCUGUACCGACUGCACUGGGUGGAGCUGUCUUGCUGGAUUAAGUUAAACCUGGUUGAUGGUCCGUGAGAAGUGAGACACUGUGUCUUGCCGAUAAGGUCGCAUGAUGAAAAUAACAUAUUUUCUUCUUUCUGCCUCUGCAGAGACCCCAUCUUCUAUGUUACUAUUGUUUUGCAGGGUCAUGCGCCAAGUUUUGUAUGAUUGGUCAGAGCCUUGUGUUGAUGAAAAGUGUACUGCAGUGGGACAACCUACCAGGGGUUUUUACAAAGAAGAACUUCUCACAUCAGUGUGAUCCAAAGUCUUAUAAAGUAAAACCAGCCUUUUAAGCACCUUUUCCACUAGUGCCUCUACAGCACGGUUCGGCUUGGCUCAGCACAGUUCCAAGCCUUUUCCAUUAUCCAGUAUUCAUGGAAUCGACCCUAUUUUUAGUGCCAACUCCAUUGCGGUUCUAACCGUACCGUGCUGGCCUUAAAAUGCGACAUCAAAACACUGUCAGUCACUGAUUGGUUGGGGGUGGAGUCACCGGUUGUGUCUGAUAAACAAUAACUUAAUAAUUCAUAAACUAUUAUCAUAAUUUUACUUACCAAAGUCAUGCCACUGACAUUAUAUUACAAUUUGUAAGGUUUCAUAAUUUGUAAAUAUUCAUGGGGACCAAAAUAUACUAGCUGUUAUGAAUUCAACAAAAAACUUUUUUAUGCUUUAAGACCAAAUUUAAAUUGAAUGUUUUCAAAUCUACAGCUGCUGGAGGCUACGUUUCUGUGACGACAGCACUGUGGGAUUUCUUUUGAAAUUUUAACGUACACCUUGUCUUAUUGCAUUAUCUGUAAAUAACAAAAGUCAAGUGAUUUUUAAAACAUCUUUAUUAUCCAACAUCUUUAAGCUGUGCAACCACGGCACGUUUGAAAAACCAGGAACAUUGGGCCU